GGCUUCCCCCGCGCUGCGGCGCUCCCCGCCCCAGUGCCCCGCACUCCCGCUGCCACCUCCACCCCUCUCCACGCCUCCUCCUCCCCGCCUCCCCGCCGCACGCGCCGCUCGCUUAUUCCACAAGUGCCGGCCGCGCAGCUCGGCCCGCGCCCGCGCCCGGGACUGGGGCCGGGGCCGGGGCCGGGCCGGCGCUGCCCGUGGUGCGCAGGGCGCGAUCCUCCCGAGCCAGCCCGAGCGCGGCGCGGCGCGGCGCGGCGCGGCGCCCCUGCCCGAGCCCUGCAUGUGGCGCGCCUGGCGCAGCGCAGCAGCCAGCGGCGGCGGCAGCGGCAGCGGCGGCGGCGGCGGCGCAGAGCCGGGGCUGCGAGGCAGGAUGCACGGCUGCCUCCGCCUGCUCCUCGGCUGCCUGGCGGCCGACCUGCUGGCGCUCGUGUGCCGGGCGCAGGAGCGCGCCGGCCAGCACCUGGGCAGCAUCGUGGUGCUGUCGGGCGGGAACCGCUCCGAGCCCGGGGACCCGUCCGAGCCGCCUCCGACGCCGGACUUCUGCCGGGGCUACUUCGACGUGAUGGGCCAGUGGGACCCGCCGUUCAACUGCAGCUCGGGGGAGUUCGUCUUCUGCUGCGGCACUUGUGGCUUCCGCUUCUGCUGCAAGUUCAAGAAGACGCGGCUGGACCAGGACACCUGCACCAACUACAAGCGCCCGCCCUGGAUGAACACGGGGAAGCCGCCCGCCCGCAGCGACGACCCCCUGCACGACCCCACCAAGGAUAAAACCAACCUCAUCGUCUACAUCAUCUGCGGCGUCGUGGCCGUCAUGGUGCUCGUGGGCAUCUUCACCAAGCUGGGGCUGGAGAAGGCGCACAGACCCCAGCGGGAGCACAUGUCCAGGGCUCUUGCUGAUGUUAUGCGACCUCAGGGUGCUUGUGCAACAGAUCACAUGGAAAGAGAUCUAAAUAUUGUAGUUCAUGUACAACACUAUGAAAACAUGGAGACAAGAGCACCUGCAAAUAACAUACAUGCAUCACAGAUGAAUAAUGUGGUACCAACUUCUCCUCUCCUCCCUCAGAUGUCACAUCCGCAUUCAUAUCCCAACAUGGGGCAGAUCACAAAUCCUUAUGAACAACAGCCCCCAGGCAAGGAGCUUAACAAGUAUGCUUCCCUAAAGGCAGUUGGAAGUUAUGAUGGUGACUUUGCUGCGAUGACACUUAAGUCACCAAAAGCUGAUAAGGUCAACGAUGACUUCUAUUCCAAACGUCGACACCUUGCAGAAUUGGCUGCCAAAGGGAGCUUGCCACUCCAUCCAGUGCGUAUGGAGGAAGACAGAACGUAUGCACCUGACAAUGGCACAACCAAACACAAUGGGCAGAAAUCCAAAAUUACAAAAAUUCACACACACCCCAUGGCAUACAACUACAAAACCUGGGACCCCAGUGACCAGUCCUUCCGACGGCAAGCAUAUGCAAACAAGGGGAAGCAUGGCCCAGGAGAACCUAUGUUAAGUAACACACUGACAACUCGGAGUCAGCAAUAUUUGCCCCCACAGCCGUACUUCAUAACUAACAGCAAGACAGAAGUGACUGUUUGAGAUUGCUCUUUCAUUCCUUAAAAAUAUAAAACAUCAGAAAGAGGCAAAAAAAAAAAAAAGAAAAGAAAAGACAAGAAGGAAAGGAACUUCCAUGGGGACACUCCUGGUAUGCAGCCAACUGAAGGUUGAAGAGUGGGUUAAUACCAUUCAGCAAUACCCUGAAGGUUGAAUUAGAAAUGCCAUUUGUAUUUCACACUGGAAAAAUCAACUCUUGUGACUAUUUUUUUUUACUUGAAACUGAAAUCCAUGAUGAGAAGUAGCACAAUUUAGAGAAACUUUAUGUCUGCUUAAACCAUUUACACUAUGUUCCUGCCUUGAGACAGAGAGAGAAAGAGAGAGAACAAUACACAGUAAUACAUUGUUUUGAUGAGGAAUUUUGUAUAAAUUCUAAUAAUUACCAGACCUGUGAAAGCCAAGAGCAAAUACCUUGGUACAAGCCCUAACGUUUAUUAUUGUACUUUCAUGCCAUCACUAUAGGAAGAGCAAAAAAAAUAUAUACAAUAAAAGAUAAAAAGACACUUUCACAUGAAACCUAUGAAGACUGUUACAAUUAAAAGCGUAUGAGAACUUUUUGGCUGGUAGAGAGUUUUGUGGGACAAUAACACAAGAAGAUUUUAUUUCUGUUUAUUUUUGGUUUGGGUUUAAAGUUUCUCGGGACCUCCAAAAUAAGAAGAGACAUAUCAUAUAACAACAUGAAUGUUGUGAGGAAAAGAGGGUAAUCAGCCCUUCCCCCUCAGUCCUCCUGUUUUUUGGGCAGAUGGUAACAACUCUUACUUUGCAGACUGUCAGGACAUUUUCGUCACCUAAAUGUUUUGCCUAUCUUCAACUGCUUCAGACUGAAAAUAAAUAAGUGUGGGUGGUGCCUUUACUGUAUUACUAUUGUUCAAUGACAGUCUUGUUUCUCAAAGUGAAAACCCCUGUUCCUUUAAGCUUAUUUCCUCUUGUUUUAUGAAGAUAUUAGAAGGUUUCUGCCCUACCUAGCCCUCCCUUUGUUGUGAAUGAACACUCAUGUUACACUUCUGUUUAGUGGUUGCAAGGUCAUACAUAUUUAGUUAGCCCCAACUCUCCAAGGUAAAACAUUUUUCCCCACCUACAAUCCCCCAUAGUCUCUCAUUUUGUAUUUGCUUUUAGCCACAGUAGUUCACCUUUGUAGUUCAACUAAAUGUUACAUGGUAUAUCAUCUUUCUUAUGUUUGACUUUGUUAGUGGUGUUCUUUCUUGGGGGUUAUUUGGUAGAGGGGCUUCUGCACUAACCUCAGAUAUCCAAGUGGGCUAGGUCUGAAAAGAAAGAUAAAAAAAACAAAAUACAUCAGACUCAUGGUCUAGACUUACUGUAGCUCUGAUGACUGGGAUACCUUUGCUCAUAAGAGCAAAACCACUUCAUAAUUUGGUGCAGUUAACAUCCUGGCAGUCCUGAACCUGCAAGAUAAAAACAGUGAGGUGAAACAGGGUUGUAAGAAGACUGUGUGGCAACAGGCCAGCACCAGAUAGUGCAAUCAGCCUUUUACUUUCAUUGUGCACUAAAAUCCCUGCCUUUCCCCUGCCAAAUGAAGUAAUUGGCUAAAUCAUAAACUAACCAACCCAAUGCAAUUGAUUUUAGGCUGGCUAUCAACUCUCCUUCAGAUUAGUUGCAAGAAAGUAUAAAGAGAUGAGUGUGAGAACUGUGCUUUAAAAUAAAUUAGAUAUGUGAUUUCUUACUAUACUCAGCAGACUUGGGCAAUAUUUCUCUUUCGAUUGUCUGAAGGAUGUGAGAGCAGAGAGGUUUAAAUGAGGUUAACAGGAGAGAUCCUUUAUCCAACAAUUGCAAGAUUGAUUUGCAUCCUGAGGAUAUAGGCAUCACUUCACAAGUGUGCUGCUAAAUUGUAUGAUCAUAUAUUUUAAGUCUAUCAGAAGUAGACAAAGCCCAUGGGACAAAUACUUUGCACACAAUUCAGAUACUCCAGUAUAUCUCACUUCCAUUCCUUUGAUCUCUAUUGCUGUCAUAACUGGCUGACUUAAUUUGACCCUUUAUGGAAUGUUGCUGUUAAUGCAUAUGCUUUAGAUACACAUUGCAGCUGCACUCUAAUCCACACAGGUUUUGUGUAACUUGAGCAUAUUUUAUGUGGAAAUAUUUUAGUAACUGUAUGUUCUGUAAGUAAACCCGUGUUAAUACUUGUUAACUACAGAGUUUAUGAUACCAAUAAUACUUCCUACAAUAAAAUGUUUGUUUGUUUUUUAAGAAUGUUUAUUUGUAAGCAUACGUAUUCACUAUAUUAAUAUGAAUUUCUUACCUGGCAAUAAAAUUGAUUCUAUGUGAAUCUAA